CCGAUAGCAGGGUGUCGCUAGGGAUUUGAAGAGAUGGCAAAGAAGAGGGUGAAGAAGCGCACGCAUGUAGGCGCCGCCAAGGGUGGUUUGCCAUCUGGUCAGGCGGCGGCGGCAGCAGCAGGAAAGCCAGGCACGCGAUCGCCCAAGAGCAUGGUCAUUCGAGUCGGCGCCAGCGAGGUUGGUCACAGUGUGUCGCAGCUCGUAAAAGACGUCAGGCGCAUGAUGGAGCCAGACACGGCGUCGAGACUGAAAGAGCGGAGAUCGAACAAGCUGCGCGACUAUGUCUCAAUGGCUGGACCACUGGGCGUUACACAUCUUAUGCUGUUCAGCAGAAGCGAGCAAGGCAAUCUCACUCUACGCAUAGCGCUCACACCGCGCGGACCGACUUUGCAUUACAGAGUGCUGAAGUACAGCUUAGCCAAGGAUGUACACAAGAGUCAAAGGCGACCGAAGACUGCUGGAGAGGAAUAUCUUAGAGCACCGUUGAUGGUCAUGAACAACUUUGCUUCGAAGGCAGCAGAAGGAGAAGAGAACAAGCAUGAUCGCAUGAAGGAUGUCGAAAAGCUUACGACAUCAAUAUUCCAGUCGCUGUUUCCCGCGAUCAAUCCCACGAACACACCUCUGGACGGCAUCAAGCGUGUGCUUCUUGCCGACCGCAAACCACAAGAUCCAGCUUCAGACGCCAGACAGGUCAUCCUGGACCUUAGACAUUACGCGAUAGAGACCAAGACUUCCAAAUCAGUGCCGAAAGCCUUGCGAAGACUAGAUGCGGCCGAAAAGCUCACUCAUUCCGGACAGAAGCGAAAACGCAGCGCAUUGCCGAAUCUUGGCAAACUGAACGAUGUAUCUGACUAUCUCCUCGAUCCUCAUGCCGCAGAUGGCUUCACAUCUGGAUCAGAAAGCGAGCCUGAAACCGAUGCCGAAGUCGAAAUCACCACUACGAAGGAGAAAAAGGUACAAAAGAGGAAAGGACAGAAAGAGGGAGCCAAGGGGCAAAGUAAUACACGAUCGAGUGUUGAGAAGAAGGCGAUCAAAUUACAUGAGCUAGGUCCGCGGCUCAAGCUGCGAUUGACGAAGAUCGAGGAAGGCCUCUGCUCAGGCAAAGUGAUGUGGCAUGAAUACAUACAUAAGACCAAGGAAGAGAUGAAGCAGAUGGACAAGCACCACGAGCAGAAGAGGCAGGAAAAGGAAAGAAGAAAGGCCGAACAGAGAGCAAAUGUGGAGAAGAAGAAGGCAGAGAAAGCCAAGGGCGAAGAGGUGGAGGAGAGCGAAGACGAGGAGAUGCUAUCAGAUGACGACGAAUGGGACGAUGCGGACGAGAUGGAAGAUGAUGAGUAUCAUGGACCUGACGCUGAUGCUGGUGCAAGCGAUGAAGAAAUGGACGAUGAUGAGGAAUAGCCUACCUUCGCCCCAAGCAGUCAACCGUGUCCACGUGCAAUACCAUUACCGUUAAGAGCUUUCCAUCUGGGCCAACAGGGAGCUAUUACCUAGUCUCGAGCAAACGGUAGAAUUUCUUACGACCUAGAGCUACGAAGUUCUAGUAUUCUUUUAUAUACUCG